UAAACGGAAUUUAAUUUUCUUCCGUUUACUUUUACUUUUAGUUUUUUAUGAGACGCCAUUUUUCUUUUGUUCAGGAAAAGAGAUAAUGGCAUUACCAAACUUCCGCAGUAUACAACAGACGCCGCCUCCCCCAGCUUCUCGGUCCAGGGGUUAUGACAGAAAUGCACCAAGUCCAUUUGUACCCUCCUCCCAUGGCCACCCUGCAUUUAACCCUGUCAAAGUCAGUUCUCGCGGUGGAGUAAGUAAUCACUUUCAGGGAGAUUCAAGGGGACCAAAACAACCUAAGCCCCCAGAUAAGCCCCUGAUGCCCUACAUGCGUUAUAGCCGAAGGGUUUGGGACUCUGUGAAGGCUGCUCACCAGGAUCUGAAGUUAUGGGAGAUUGGUAAAAUCAUCGGUCAGAUGUGGAGAGAGCUGUCUGAUCAGGAUAAACAGGAGUAUAUGGACGAGUAUGAGAUGGAGAAGAGUCACUAUAAUGAUGAGAUGAAGAAGUACCACAACUCCUCAGCCUAUCAGUCAUGGGUAGCCGCCAAGGGCAAAGCUGCGGCAGAAGCUGCCAUGGAGGAAGAUGAGAAAGAGAAGCAGGCACAACGGACGCCUCGCAGCACAAGCGCCUCCAAGAGUUCUAAAAUGGACACGGUUGGCAGAAUCAGCAUACAGCAAGCGGAUGAUGAUGAUGAAGGGGAUGAUAGUUUCUCUGUGAAGCACAUGGCCCACACCCGAUACCUACGCAAUCACCGCCUGGUUAAUGACAUCUUCAGUGACACAGUGGUGCCUGACAUUAGAACAGUGGUAACUACAUCCAGAAUGGGGGUACUUAAGAGGCAGGUCCAGUCCCUCACUAUGCACCAGAAAAAGUUGGAGGCGGAGAACAAGCCACAGGUAACAGAGGAGCAGACAAUAAAGCUAGAAAAGCAUGAAGCCAAGAAAAGGAAAUUCCAGGAGGCCAGCGAUUCAUUCCACGAAGAACUCAAAAAUCUCUGUGAAAACAAGCCACAAGUGACAGAGGAGCAGUUCAAUGCUAUGGUUGUGAAAGCAAAAGAAGAUCUGAAAGUAAGACAUCAGCAGUACCUACAGCAACAGGAGUGUGGAAGAGAGGUGUGGAAGAAACAUAAAGAACAGGCUGAGCUGGCUGAGUGUGGAAAGAUAAAGAUAAAGCUGAGUGUGGAAAAUCAGGAGAAGAUUGAGGCAGAGGAGAGGGAACGACGGGCCCAGGAGGCCAAGGAACAGGGGCUGAGUGUGGACCAUAAUCAGAAUUCACAGGAGGCACCAGCAGUGCUACAGAAUAUGUUGGAUGACAGCACUUUGUCUGACAGACUCGGAAAUCCUGAGGAGGAUUUAGAGCCGGACAAUCCAGACAAUAUGGAUGCAGAAUCCAUGGACUCUGAGAAAACUGAGGACAUGUCACAGGACGGUAUGAUAGGUAUGGAGGGUUAUGAGAAGGAGGGGGACGACCCUCUGUACUCCCCCUCCCCUGACUCUCCCACCACCUCCCCCGACAUGAUGACUCACGACAAGUCCCUGGACCAGCUUGACAGCCCCGAGUCCCAGGAGUCCGAGGCCACCCCCAAAAAGAAAAAAAGUAAAAAGAAGACGAAGAAAGAGGAGAAAGACAAGAAAGAGAGAGGGGAGGAAUCAGCCAGUGAAGAGGGUCCACGUAAAUAUCCCUGUGAUAUUUGUGGGAAAGCUUUUAAACACAAACACCAUAUGACAGAACAUAAACGCCUGCAUACCGGCGAAAAACCCUACUCUUGUACUCGCUGUGGAAAACGCUUCUCCCACUCGGGGUCCUACAGUCAACAUAUGAAUCAUCGGCUCUGUAAACCCAGCGCAAGUACAAACGAAGGCAAGGGUGGAAAAGAUCUGGAUAACCCACCCUCUGUUGAAGAGGAAGAUUCCAUGGACUCGUCAAUCGAUGAGAGACCAGAGGAGGGGGCAGUGAGUGGCAAGUGAGUCUGAGAAAGGAGAUGAGGACAGGGACAGAGACCAGCAAAUAGACAGAGAUACAGAGACAGUGACUGGCAAAUCAGAUUACAAGGGAGAGACGAUGGAUCUGGUUGUCAUGUGCUGCCAGAACAGUGUACAUAUAUUACACAAUUCAUGUAGUGCCCAAUGUUGUUCAGUUUUCUUGACAAGGUGCUGUAUUUGAAGAAUUAGGACUUUAUUAAUGCAUAUAUCCCUAUAGUUAUCUAGGUCACUUAUUCCUAUUUGUUCAUGUCCAUUGUCAUACAAUGUACAAUGUGCAUUUCUUAAAUUUUUGUAAGUAAUUCUAUCUCUGAAAUGGUUAAACAUUUCAACCAGUGUUGACCAAAUAACAAUAGAUGAAGGGAACUAGACAUGUUAACGAUAUGUUUAUAGCAAUGAGUUAUCUUAUUAGUAAAAUUCUUGUGAAUUGUUCAGGCUUUAGCUUGGUGCUAUGUUGGCCACAUAGAGAGACUAAAUAUAAUAUGAAUAUCUUUACUGAUAAGCCUCUAGUAUAUAUAUUGUAGUAGAAAGAAUACUGUGCAUUGAUGUAAUGAACACACUCGCCACACUAGAAGAUCCUUUUGGUCCAGGAUGAAGCCAUUUAGUAUUUGAACUUAUGCUCAGGUUGGGGAUAAAUUGGUUUGGUACUGUGUAUAUAUUAGACUGUUAAACACAUGAGCUUUUAAAAACUGGGUAUCCAUCAAAGACCAAGAAUCUCUUAUGUAAAGUAUGUCAGUGUGAAAGUUUGGAAAUAAAUGUUGAAAAAUCUUAAUAAUAUUUUAGCGUUGUUCUGUAUGUAAAAUUGAAGUUGUGCAUAAUUUUUAUGUUCAGAAAGCUUAUAUAAUUCACAUGAUGUCAUACAUUAAAGAUAUGUAAAGCA